AUGAAGCGCAUCGCCGACCGUCAAAUUCAGCGCGAAGACGGCGACGACCCGCACGCGGUGUCGGUCGAGUCCGAGGAGUCCUCUGGUGGGCCCGCUCCCGCCGUGCAGAACCGCCCGAUGCGUGGUCUGCCGAAGCGGAGAGGGCCCGCGGCUGCGCCGCAGGCGCCUGCGCCGAGCGCAAACCCCUUUGCAAAGGUCGCCGCGGUGAUGUCGCCGAGCGUGCCACUGCAGCCGGUGCCGUCGCAAUUUGCGAACCCCGAGGCGCCCGCGCCGUGGCCCGUCUCCUCCGGCUCGAUCAACACGGGCAGCCAGCCGUCGUGGAGCGGCGGCGGGCAGGCCGUCGCGCCGCCGGCGCAGCCCGCACAGAGUGCGCCAAGCCCAAAGAAGGACGAGGCGCCGUCGCUGGAUGAAAGCAAGGUCGACUUUUUCAAGUCGGUGCGCGGCCUGAACUGGUCGAUGACCAAGGAGCUGGUCCGUGUGCUGAACGAGGCCAGCGACUGCUCAAACCUUGGCUCGGCGCUGCAUGCGAUCGACGAGCAAUACAGCGAGCACUACAAGUCCAUCAGCGACAAGUGGGCAGCUGCGGAAAACGCGGCCAAGGAGCAAGAGCGGGAAAAAGAGACCAAGGACGCGAUGGACCCCGAGAUGGCUUUUGGCUCAGUAUCCGCCACGCGCCCGCUGUUGAGCACGCUGGGCGAUGCAGCAAGGAAGAGCGCACUCGACACGAAGCCGGAGCCGCUGCGUGAUCCGGGCUGGAGCAACAAGGUGAUGACGAUGGAGACGACGCCGAAAUCGUCGUCGCUGCAGUUCCCGUCGUUCACCGCACACUCCUUGCUGGGCAAUGCAUUUGAGUCGAACCACGAAAAUGUGCGGCCCACGCCGAAGCAUAUCGGACAGAGCAUGCUCCCGUCGUUCCUGGGCUCGAGCCGCGAGCAGAACGACGCACACCGUGCGAGCGCAUUCCAGCGCCAGGCCGACGCUGUAGAGCGGGAGGCCGAAGUCGAUGCCGAGACGAAAAAGGUCGACGAGCGGGCCGAGGCCGAGAAGGCCAGCGAGGUCGAGGUCGAGGCAAAGGAGGCCGAGGCCAAGGCCAAGGAGGCCAAGGACAAGGCUGAUGCCAAGGACAAGGCCGAGGCCGAGGCCAAGGCCAAGGCCGACGCUGAAGCCAAGGCCAAGGCCGACGCUGAAGCCAAGGCCAAGGCGGAGGCUGACGCCCAAGCCAAGGCUGAUGCUGAAGCCAAGGCCAAGGCUGACGCCAAAGCCAAGGCCGACGCCGACGCCAAAGCCGAUGCCGCCAAGCCCAGCGCUCCGCCGACCUUUUCGCUCAAGCCCGGCGGCUUCUCGUUCGCCGGCCAGAGCACCUCAUCGAUCCUCCAAAAGAGCGAUGAAGGCGAAUCGAGUGCCCCCCCGUCCUCCGCGCCGACCUUUUCGAUCCCCGCUACGGGCUUUUCAUUUGCAGGCACGUCGCUGGCGCCCAAGUCUACCCCGACUACGUCCUCGCCGCCUGCCCCUGCCACGACCGCAUCCACUCCGACGCCUGUUACGACCGCUGCGGAUACCGCCGCAACUCCCCCUGUGGACACGACAAAACCUAUUGCGUUUGGCUCAGCAGCUCGUACACCCUCGUCGAGCUUCUCUGCCAGCGCCCCCUCGAGCACGUCGCCGCACCGCUUCUCCUUCGGCAGCAAGCCCAAGGGGGGCUCUGCGUUUACCAACGCUGCGAUCGGCCCCGCCUUUGCCAACACCAGUGGCGUGGCCGCCGGCGGGCAGUUUUCCUUUGGCAGCGCCCCCAUCGCCUUUGGCGCCGAGGACCGCACGUCGCCCGAAAGCCGCCCACCGCCCGAUCAUAGCUCGUAG